AUCUGUUCUCAGGGGUCGGUGUCGGCAGUGUUCAGCUGUGUGUGAAUGAAGAAGAGUAAAUGAUGGAUCUUCAGAACUCCAGCAGUGGAGGAGGACCUCCUGUCCUAAAAAUAAACAACCAGGAUAUUUAAUAAAGAACAGUGUUAAACUGCUGAAAGAGGUGAAGCACAAGCCAUCCAGAAGAAUCUCCUGAAAACGCAGAAAUUGUUUGCUACAUUUCACAGACAGAUGGAGCCAAGUCCCGACAUGGAGAAACAUCAGCACUCUGUCAAGAGUUUUACUAAACAGAGUGAUCUCAAAAAACACCAGCGCAUUCACACAGGAGAGAAACCACAUCACUGCUCAGACUGUGGGAAGAGUUUUAAUCAACAGAGUGAUCUCAAAAAUCACCAGCGCAUUCACACAGGAGAGAAACCGUAUCACUGCUCAGACUGUGGGAAGAGUUUUACUAAACAGAGUCAUCUCAAAAGACACCAGCGCAUUCACACAGGAGAGAAACCGUAUCACUGUUCAGACUGUGAUAAGUGUUUUACUACACAGAGUCAUCUCAAAACACACCAGCGCAUUCACACAGGAGAGAAACCGUAUUACUGUUUCGACUGUGGAAAGAGUUUUACUAAACAGAGUAAUCUCAAACUGCAUCAGCGCAUUCACACAGGAGAGAAACCGUAUUACUGCUCAGACUGUGAUAAGUGUUUUACUACACAGAGUCAUCUCAAAACACACCAGCGCAUUCACACAGGAGAGAAACCGUAUUACUGUUUCGACUGUGGAAAGAGUUUUAAUCAACAGGGUCAUCUCAAACUGCACCAGCACAUUCACACAGGAGAGAAACCGUAUCACUGCUCAGACUGUGGGAAGAGUUUUAAUCAACAGGGUCAUCUCAAAAAUCACCAGCGCAUUCACACAGGAGAGAAACCGUAUCACUGCUCAGACUGUGGAAAGAGUUUUACUGGACAGAGUACUCUCAAACUGCAUCAGCGCAUUCACACAGGAGAGAAACCGUAUUACUGUUUCGACUGUGGGAAGAGUUUUACUCAACAGAGUAAUCUCAAAAUACACCAGCGCAUUCACACAGGAGAGAAACCCUAUCACUGCUCAGACUGUGGGAAGAGUUUUACUUUACAGAGUGAACUUAUAUUACAUCAGUGCAUUCACAAGAGAUAGAAAAGUAUCCCAAAUCUGUUCCUCUGCCAUAAAAAAUGCAAACCUUAAAUCUUUCAGACAGCCAAAAACACCUCAUCCUGCACAAAAUCUUCACUCUGUUACAAGAACUUCAUUUAAACAUGGCUUUUUACAGGUUCAGAAAAAUGAAUCUUAUCCAGAGAUGAUGUUUACUGAAUUUCAUGCUGUGUUUUUAUGUUUGUUUGUAUACCUACAUUAGUUAAUGCCUGCAGAGCUCUUCAACACUUAGUGUUGUGUUUUAAGAAGUUUUUACACACAGAAUCAUAAAUGGUACCACUAACAGCAUAAACUAGGAACAUACAUUUUUACAAUUUUUUCAGUGAUAUGCUGAAUAAAUAGUAAAGCGAU